GCAUCAUGUCACAUCCAGCAAGCAAAUGCGAUGUGCUUCGGAGUCUCACGAAAUCAUGCAAGUGCACACCUCAGCUCGGAUACGGAAGAAAUGAUUGGAAGAUGCUGUACGAAUCACCCAUGAAUCUUCUUAUUACUUACGAGAAAACAGCUUCGGGAUCGUCUUUCUCAUAUCACAAAAGGAAGGAUGGAGGCUGCUGGAGUGGGUUAUGGAAGCACGGACAACGGAAGAGAUUCCAGUUGGGAGUUUCCCCGUCGGGACGAUGAAGUGGGGAGGCCUCCUAUAUUCAGACAGAUAGCCAUUGGUAGCUUCUGCUUGGCUUUGGUUCUUGGAUUGAUUGCAUCGCAACACCAACGCCCAGCGAUCUUGCCAGAAACACUCAAAACCGGAUCCAUGGUCACCGACAACUCGGAAGCUGAGAUUGGAUCGAUUUCUCGAGCUGAAAGCCAUGACGAAUACUAUCUUCAUGACCCCAGCAAGGCGCUGUUCUUUCCGCAGAUUGUUGAUCACAGCAAACCAAGCUCUGGAACAUUCCAACAGCGCUACUACGAGAAUCGAAACUACUGGAGAGGUCCUGGACACCCCAUCUUCUUGAUCUUUGGGGGGGAAGGACCUUUGGAAGGUAUUCUAUAUCCCUUCGUUUCUGAAGUGUUGGCUAAACGGUUUGGCGCUGUGACUCUUAAUGAGGAGCACAGGUACUUUGGAGUGUCUUUUCCUGUCGAGCAGCCCACCCCAAAAGAAAUUGCCGAGCAGCUAACCCCGCGACAGACCCUCCAAGAUGUAGUGAAUCUGAUUCAGUACAAGCAACGCGAAUUGGGCUGUGGCCCUCGGGGAUCGCCCACGUACUGCCCAGUCAUGACCGUGGGUGCAUCCUAUGCGGGGCUCUUGUCUGUCUUGGCUCGGAAAACAUAUCCCGACGUGGUGGACAUUGGUUAUGGUGGCUCUCCUUGUUUGUUCUUGUUUGGGCAUCGGGUGAGUCCCUAUCACUAUUAUGAGCAGAUUACGUUGGUUGCAGAGAGGAUUUCCCCGGGCUGCCCCGAUGCUGUGCGAGACUUUGUGGAAGACACCCAAGAAAGGUUGCAGUCCAUCAAAACUGGAUCCCAGGAUAUCAUGCAUGAGGCUAAGGAGUACGGAAUCUGCCCUCAUACUCUCCCCAAAGACAUGGAUGGCCCAGGUCUCGCAGAGUUCCUGAUUGGCAUCACCGUGUCCUACUUUGGCAACACUUUGAUGGACUACUACCCUCCCGGUCCGGAGGCUCAGUUCUAUCAGGGCUGCAAGAUCCUCCAGGACCAAUCUCAGACCUUUCCAGAGAGGAUAAAUGCUUACAUUCAGGCAAUGACGAAGAAGUCACAAUGUCUCUCUAUCGACGAGUACGACGAGGAGCAAGAUGACCUUUGGGGCGCCGUGUGUUGCUAUCUGAACCCACAGAUUGGCAAGAGCAACGCCACUAUGUGGCCACCCGCUGAGUACCAUCUUCAAGAUGACGAGGAGUACUGCCGCGAAAACUAUGGAAUUGACCUCGACCCCCACUAUCUGGACAAGGAAUUCGGACUCAAUGAUUUGUCCGGUGUCACUCGACUCAUCUUGACGAAUGGUGCCAAUGAUGGUUGGUUCCCUCUGUCUUAUACCGAGCCUCUUCGGGACAAUCCCGACAUUGCAGUCUUCACCAUGGAAAAUGGUGUCCACCACUCCGAGCUAACCCAUCAACUCCAAGUCGAUACCCCCGAUGUGGAAAGAGCUCAUCAGCAGAUAUCUGACCAGAUUGCAGUUUGGUUGAAUGAGAUUUUCCAGAACAACAACUAGAGUUUUCAGGCCUGAAUUACGUUAGAGAUAUACUACCGGUACGAGGACACAUACACAUUGUUGGCUGAUGGAUUUUCCCGACGGCAACUCGCUAGAGCUGUGAUGCUUCCAGUCGCCUCAUGAAUAGAGAUACAGAACACAUACACGAAUAGGGUAGAUCAAUUACAUGCGCAGAUUUAGACGUUCCGAUACCAAGUCUU